AUGUCAGCGCUGGAAAAUCAUUUCCGAUCAUCAUCAUCAUCGCCAAUAUCAACAACGAGAGACUCACGCAUCUUACCCUCCUCGUUUGCCUUCUUCUCCAAUGAAAAUUAUACAUUGAAAGCCUAUCCACAGAAUACUCUCAUGAAUGUGAUUGGUUCCAUCAUAUUCCAUACGUUUCUUGUUUUUGUAUUUUAUGGAAUGAGUUCAAUGUUAUCCUCAACGUUUCGUUCCUUGACUUUUUCAAAGAAAAUUAAUUGGGUUUCUCGUCUUGUUUCAAAUGUUCAUGCAAUUAUUUCUUUUGGAGGAGCGUUGUGGGCCAUCUGUAUGACUGCUGAAUGUUAUAAGAGAUGGGAUGUUGUUGCAAAUUGUUUCGAUUAUGAAGUUGGAUACUGGACUUUGCAAUACACGAUCGGUUAUUUUACGUAUGAUUUGAUUUUCAUGCUGAUGUUUUAUAAGGAGUUGGGAGGUAUCGGAUUGGUAUUGCAUCAUUUCUUUGGAAUUGUUGGGUGGGGCUUGAUUUUGAGUUAUGAGGGAUUUUCGUUUUUUGCUCUGUUGUUCACAUUGACAGAAGCAACAACUCCGUUCGUCAAUCAAAGAUGGUUUUUAUAUGAAAGCGGAAUGAAAGACAAGUCAGUUUAUAGUUUGUGCGGAUUUCUACUGUGGUUAAGCUGGACAUUGGUGAGAAUGCCUUUAAUUCCACUGACUUUCAUGUAUAUCAUGUACAAUUUGGAAGAUUUCAAAUACGCACCAUUCGCUGUUCCAUUCGUUUGUAUUUUCAAUUAUGUCCUCAUCACAAUUCUCAACUCGUAUUGGUAUUAUUUAAUUUCCAAGGGUUUGUUGAGCGUCUUGUUUGGCAAGAAACCAAAGAUGACAAGCACAGCAGCCACACUCAAGAAGGAGCAAUAA